UGUUUUUUUCCUUAAAAUAAAUAAAAAAGAAAGAUUGUUUAAUUUUGGCGUCAUCUGCAAAUCUUUCCCAACUGUAUCUGUAUCGUUCUGAGAAAGUAGAAAGAGAGAGUUAGAGUGUGUGUAGGCAAUGAAAAGCAAAGAUUAAGAUUCCUAUGGCGGAAUGCAAUUUUUAUAAUAAUAAUUACUAAAUGUACCACACCACCACUACUCUACCCUGACACACACCCCCACAGCAUUCGGCGGAGUUGCUCAAUACUAAGGUGUAGGAGAAGGGAGGAGUCAGAGCCGGAGGCGGAGGCGGAGGCGGAGGAGGGAAAUGAAAGGUGGAGGCGGGGGUUAUCCCGGGAAAAGGCGAUGGAGGUGUCUGGUUAUAGGCGUACUUUUCCUCGUCGUCCUUUCUAUGCUUGUUCCCCUCGUCUUCUUGCUCGGCCUUUACAACGGUUUUCACUCUUCUGGAUACGUCUCUGAUUGGUCAAGUUCUAGUUCUGAUUCGGAUUCAAAUGGAGCUAGAGUUGAUCACGGCACUCAUCUGAUCCAUCAUAAGAGUGACCAAUCAAAUAUACAGGAAAUUAUAGAUCAUUUUGCGCCAACCCUUCCAAGUCUAGAGGGUGCUUUAAGAAAUCAUAUAAAUGAAGUGAGAAAUGUAAGUAGCACUACAAGCGUAAAGAAUGAUGGCGAACAACAACAGAAAGGCACCCCAAUGCCACAUCAUUCUUUGCCACGACCACUUUCUGUUGGAAAUCAUAAUGAUAAAGCUGGUACAACAAAAGUAACUAAAUCCACUAAAAAUGUAGGCGAGGACAAUGAAAAAUUAUGUGAGCUGAGAUUCGGCAGUUAUUGCAAAUGGCGCAAAGAACAUAGAGAAGACAUGAAGGAUUCUGUGGUGAAGAAAUUAAAGGACCGGCUUUUUGUUGCUAGAGCAUAUUUUCCAAGUAUUGCCAAACUUCCUGCACAGAACAAGUUGUCUCAAGAAUUGAAACAAAAUAUUCAAGAAUUUGAACGUAUUCUUAGUGAAAGUACAACAGAUGCUGAUCUUCCAUCACAAAUUGAGAUGAAGUUACAGAAGAUGGAAGUUGCAAUAGCCAAAGCCAAAAAAUUCCCUGUGGAAUGUCAUAAUGUUGACAAGAAAUUGAGACAAAUACUUGAUAUGACUGAGGAUGAAGCUAACUUUCACAUGAGGCAGAGUGCAUUUCUCUAUCAGCUUGCAGUUCAAACCAUGCCAAAGGGUCUUCACUGUCUGUCCAUGAAACUGACCGUUGGAUAUUUCAAUUCUUCUUUAUAUGAUAGGGCACCCCUUCCAUCUGAGAAAUUUUUGGAUCCUAACUUGCAUCACUAUGUUAUAUUCUCCAAUAAUAUACUUGCUUCUUCAGUUGUUAUCAACUCAACUGUUACACAUGCAAGAGAUAGUGGCAAUCUGGUUUUUCAUGUGCUGACGGAUAAACAAAAUUAUUUUGCAAUUAAGUUAUGGUUCUUCAGGAAUGCUUAUAGAGAAGCCGCCAUUCAAGUGUUGAACAUUGAACAUCUUGACCUAAACUAUCAUGAUAAGGCAUCUUUGUUAAGCAUGUCCUUGCCUGUAGAAUUUCAUGUUUCUUUUCUAGGUGUUGAUAGUCCAUCUGCAACUCAUUUAAAAACAGAAUACAUAUCUGUUUUUUCUCAUGCUCACUAUCUUCUUCCAUAUAUAUUCCAGAACUUGAAGAAAGUUGUGGUUCUGGAUGAUGAUGUUGUUGUGCAGCAAGACUUGUCCAAUUUGUGGAAUCUCAACAUGGGAGGGAAAGUAAAUGGUGCUGUGCAAUUGUGUUCAGUGCGGUUGGGUCAGCUCACCAGUUAUUUGGGUGAAAAUAGUUUUGAUAAAAAUUCUUGUGUUUGGAUGUCUGGAUUAAAUGUAAUUGAUCUUGCUAGGUGGAGAGAGCUGGAUCUUACUGAAACUUACCGGAAAUUGGGACAACAGGUUAGCAAGAUGACACAAUCAAUUGAAGCUUCUGCAUUGAGUGCAAGCUUGCUUACCUUUCAGGACCAAAUUUAUGCUCUUGAUAACAUGUGGGCUUUGUCAGGAAUGGGGCAUGAUUAUGCACUUGAUGUGCAAGUCAUUAAGAAUGCUGCAGUAUUGCACUAUAAUGGAAUGAUGAAACCUUGGCUGGAGCUAGGAAUCCCAAAGUAUAGACGCUAUUGGAGAAGUUUUCUAAACCGUGAUGAUCAUUUCUUGAGGGAGUGCAAUGUACAUCAAUGACAGUCAUUGGUCAGGUUGCCGUGUUUUCCGGAAAAUAUAGGCUCGAGAAGGAUGAAUGUGUAGAUGUUUAUUUUUUUGGUACUGAGAAUUUUUCUUUGAGCUGGGUUACCAAAGGGCAACCGGCAAUACGGUAUAACACCCUUCUGAAUUUUUGAUAAAUAGAAAAAGGAAGAAUGUUUUCUGUUUUCUAGCAAAGCAGAAGGGAUUUGUGACUGCUAGCCAAGCCUGGAGGAUUUGAUGUAUGAAAUGCGAGUUAUUGGUUCAACAGGUGAGGGGAAACUUCAUUCUCUGGUUCUUAUUUUGGUAAAUCUAGAGAGACCCGAAUGCUUGACGCUAACAAUAAUCAUGUGCAAGGAAAGGUGUGCCUUUACAUUUAUAUGAAGAAGUUUGAGUUGGCAUUCAUGAUGUAAAUGAUGGAUGGGAAAUCAAGUAGUCUUUUGACAGUCAUACUAAAUUAAUUCUUUUCAGGUUCUAUUAUUUGAAUUAGAAUUCCUUUUUUUUUUUUUUUUUUUUAGAAAGUCACUGGCUAAUCUUUACUUUUUGUGUCAGUCUAAUGAUAAGUUUCUUCUUUUAUUAA